AUGCGCAUGGACGCCGUGCGCGCCUCCUUCGGCCCCCAACCGCCGCGCGUCGACGGCCGCUGCAUGCGCGAUCUGGUUAAGGUGGUCGAGCGCGCGUGGACGCAGCCGGCAGCGUGCGCGCCGCGCGGGACGUGGUGGGGGGCGGCGGCGCCGGCGGAGGCAGGGCGCUGCCCGAGCGCGGCGCGGUGCGAGCUGCUGCUGGGUCAUGAUGCAUCACCGGGCGGGGACGGCAGCAGCAAACCUGACGGCAGCGGCAACGGGGGCGGCAGUGGUAGCGGCAGCAAGGGCAGCGGCAGCAGCGACAAAGUGAAGCUGCUGGCUUUGUCUGGGGCUCCUGGAGGACUUGGCGGGGGGACAGGGGGGGCCGGACCAGGCCAGGAGCAGGGGCGGCAGCAGGGUGACAGCGCAUCUGUGCAGCAAUGCUCGCAGCAGCAGCAGCAGCAGCAGCAGCAGCAGGAGCAGCAGCGGCAGGGGGGGCAGCGGCAGGAGGAGCAGCAGCGGCAGGAGGAGCUGCAGCGGCAGGAGGAGCAGCUGCGGCAGCAGCAGCAGACGGAGCAGCCACAUGAUCAGCAGGAAGACAAAGAGGAGCAGCAGCAGCAGCCGCCGCAGCAGUCGCAGCAGCAGCAGCAGCAGCAGCUGCUGCAGGGACCCACCGCGCUCGGUGCGUUGCAGCAGCUGCAGCAGCAGGUGUUGGCGGCACUGGGCAAGCAGGAGCGGAGGCUGCAGCAGCACCUGCAGGCGCUGCAGGCGCAGCAGCUGCUGCAGCGCGAGGUGGGCAGGCAGUGGCUGGCGUCCGACCCGCUCGCCGCUGCCGAUGCGCUGGCCUGUGCGGGCUACGACCCCUGCGGCCCCGGCCCCGGGUCGUGGCUCCCAGAGGCCGCCCUCAACAGCGCCGACGCGCGCCGCCACCCCUGCGGCCGCCUGCGCCGCCUGCCCGCGCUGCGCCUCGCCGCCCCCGACCCGCCGGACGGCUGCUCCGCCCCGCGCGGCUCCGGCGGCGGCGGCGCGACCGCCGUCAAAGGCAGCUUCGCGGUGGUGCUGCGCGGCGGCUGCUCAUUCGUCCAGAAGGCCCUGGCCAUGCAGGCGGCCGGCGCGGUGGGGCUGAUAGUGGUCAACGUGUUUGAGGACGGCGGCAUGGUGGCCAUGUCUGACGACGGGACGGGGCGGCGCGUGGACAUCCCCGCGCUGCUGAUAGGGGGCGAGGACGGGAAGGCGCUGCUGUGGUGGUUGGAGCGGCGGCCGCUGCUGGCGGCGAUGCCGCCUCAGCAGCAGCAGCAGCAGCAGCAGCAGCAGCAGCCGCCUGCAAAGGGCGCGCCGGGCGGCGGCGGCCGCGCGGCCGGCGCCAGCGGCGGAGGCGGCGGCGAGGCGGGCGGCGGCCCUCUGCGCGAGGACACCCUGCUGCGCGUGGACCUGCUGCUGCCCGCCACCACCCAGGGCUGGCUGCUGGAACGCCUGGGCCUGCAGCAGACGGGCGCCGCCAAGCAGGGCAAGGCGGCCGCCAAGCGGGCGGCCAACGCGGCCGCGGCCGUGAACGACCUCCUGCACCAGCUGAUGCGGGACGGCGCGGCGCUGGGAGCCCUGGAGUCGAUCGCGGGGGUGAAGCAUCGCAUCCGCGAGGGCGGCAAGGGCGGGGGUGGCAGGCGGGGAGGCGGCGGCGGCAAGGAAGGGUCGAGCGGCGUCAAAGGGGCCGGCAGCAAGGCCCGCGGCAACGGCUGCGGGACGGCGGCGGCGGCGGCGACCGCUGCUGCCAAGGCUGGGGCAACACCUGCGGCUGCCCACACGCAAGCGCCCAUUGCGAGCGAGACGCCAGCAGCUGGGACGUCGACGCCCCAUCCUGGUCCUUGA